AUGGGAAGAUGGCCAGAAUUAAAGUUGAGACGACCCAAAUCCUUGUCAGAGCUUCGAGCCUACACUACUUCAGAGGAAAGCAUAACGAAAUACUUUGAUCAACUGGAGACAAUUCUUGAAAAGUAUGACUACAAAUCAUCUCCUGAAAACAUAUAUAACGUGGAUGAGAAGGGAAUUAGUAUGACUCAUGCAUCUCCGUAUGUUGUAGGAUCCACAGAGGAGGUUCCAAUUAAAAUAUCACCAGAAAGAUCAUCCACAGUCACUAUGAUAGGGUGUGGCAAUGCACUGGGUCAACAAAUCCCACCAUAUUUCAUUUUUCCUGGGGCUCAAAUGCGCCAACAACUAUUAGAAGGAGCCACUAUUGGUACGAAUGGCACUGUUAGUAAGUCAGGAUGGUCCAAUUCAGACAUAUUUCAAACAUGGCUUGUAGAUCAUUUUGCGAAGUACGCAAAAGUUGGUGGAGAUAAGAAGACAUUAUUGUUGUAUGAUGGUCACAGAUCCCAUAUUUCACCUUAUUUGGUUGACUUUGCAGUGCGGAAUGGAAUCAUCCUGUUUGUUCUACCACCUCAUACAAGCCAUAUCCUUCAGCCGAUGGAUGUGGGGUGUUUUGGACUGUUUUCAAAGUUUUCAGUGAUGAAUCUCGAAAAUGGCAAUGUUCUCAUUCUGGAACUCUCACCCACUACAAUGUCUGCUCUAUUGCAUGUCGAGCUUACGACAUCUCGCUGA